AUCAAUGCUGCAUGUAAUUGGACACACAUCAUUGGACAAUUAGACAUAUUCUGAGUUUCAUAUGAGUGGAAAAAACAAACUGGAAGGCAGGAAAGGGCAUGCAUGAAGGUCAAACUUGUCAGUAAAUCUGUGAAAAGGCUUUUAGAUAGACAUUGAGUUUAAAGGUACUUUUUAAAUCAUGCAGUUAUUUAGUGUGAAAUGUACCUUUAACCAGGAAAUCCUUCUGACUUUAGGAGUAUAGAUAGCUUCCAAAACUUGAGGUAGUUAAAAUGGGUUUAUUUUGGUUGUGUAGCCUUGUAAGAGAGAGGGACAUUUCUUGUCCAAUAGCUGAAUUUCACCUUCAGAAACACGAUUGAAAGAAAUCACUUAAUUUCAGAGAUGGUUGAAUGGGUGUCCUUCUCUUGCUACGACUAGUGAGGGUGAUCACAUUCCAAUCAUUUAGUCGACCAACCAUGGCACUUUCCAGCUCUGUGGGUAAACAAGGUCAAGUAGUUUUUUCCGAGUGUGGCAAAUGUUAACAGCGUAAGCACCACCAGCCUUUGUUCCUUCUUGCAGGUUAACGUCCACACACGUGCCUGUGCUGAACAUACUAGUACACAACUAAUUUAACCGACUAGUAAUUCUUGCGACAUCCCCAGAUAAAACCAAACUGAUUUUGUAAAGUGACCUAACUUUGAAAUGUAAAUCUCUUAUCGUGGUUCCUUCAAAGGGUAUUUACUGUGUAUAGGUCUGAGAGAGAAUGGGCCUUAUCAGUCUCUGGUGGAGUUUCCUCUCGGACAGGAAGGGGGCUUCCUCUGCUUCCUGUGCUGUAGUGUGUUACUUUGUGUGUGUGUCUGUGUGUGUUUGUGUGUGGCCCCAGGAGAGAUUGCAAAAGAACAAUCAGUGUAGAGAGAGAAAGAACAAGAGUGAAGCAGCCGACACAAAAUCUAUAAUAACUUGGACAGAGAGCGACGGAGACACUGGAGGGAACCAUGGAAAAAUCAUCUGAGAGACAGAUACAAAGACAACAAAAGACAAACUGACUCAAAAAAAUAAUAAUCAGGAAGACCAGGACCAGGAAGGCAAGUUCAGAGGAGGACUGAUGAACGAUGGAUUAUGAACCCAAGAAAGCCAAGAAGAGUUUUGUUUCUCCUAUUAAGCGUCUGGUCUGGUCAAAAUCUGCUCGCAGGCCGGUUGAUCGAGGCAGUGUGUACCGUCGCCCGCUGCACACUGUUCCUCUUUACCCUCCUGACUACCUCAUCCACCCUGAGAGACUCAUCUUCGACUACAUAGAGAAGGAGGUCAAGUUCCUUGGCCACCUGACAUGGGUGUCAGUGUCAUUAAACCCCUCCAGCCGAGACGAGCUACUACAACUACUGGACACAGCAAGGCAGUUGAAGGUGCUGCCGUUGAAGACCAGCGUGGAUCAGGACUGUAUCCUGAGUUUAUCCGCUCGCUGUCUGCUGCUGACAUGGAGAGACAACGAGAAGCUGCUGGUGAGGAUUCCCACGCAUGAGAUUGCCGCUGCCUCCUACCUGAGAGAUGACGCGCUGCACCUGCUGGUCCUGAAGACAGGUCUGAACGUUGAUACAGUUGUCGCAGGUGACGACAGCCUGGACAGGAAAAAAACAACAGGCGUAGAUGGUCGACGUCAAACCAUGAGUAAUGCUGACCGGCCUGCAGGGGGCACAAUGGAGCGAAGACACACCAUCUGUGGAGUGGACUGGAGGCCGUCCCUGUCCAGGAGUAACCACGACAAAAACCAGAAUGUGGAUAGAGGUGGAGUGGGAGUGGGAGUGGGAGUGGGAGCAGGAGGAGGUGGAGGUGGAGAGAGAGCAGGAGGAGGGAGUCUGGAGAGGAAGAGAGUGGGAGGGAGCUGGGAGAGGAGGCAGCAAACACGUAAAACAGGAGGAAGCUGGGAGAACCGCAGAGCGAGACCCAUGAGUGGGAGCUGGGGGGUGGGAGUAGGAGUAGGAGGAGGUGCCGGAGGCAGUUGGGAAAAGAGGCAUGGUGGAGGUGGAGGAGGUAGCUGGGAGAGGAGGGAGAGGAGGAACCACAAUCCACUGGAACCAACGCCCUGCCCGGACGCCUACUGCAACCUGGUCAUCCUGGCUGUGGAGAACAAGGAGGCCGCAGAGGAGUACUGCUCUCUGAUCUGUCAGAUGUUCCAGAUCAUUUACGGCCAUCAGACCAUUGAGUGUGUGGACAGAGCAGGGUUUCACCACACCAUGCCCGACCGCUUUUGGCUGCAGAGAAGUGACAGCUGUCUGACUGUGUCCUACAGUUAUGAUCCAGACUUUAGCUGCUGCAGCUCAUAG